ACAUCACAGAGAGGGAGGGAGGGAGGGAGGGAGGCGAGGAAGUACUUAGAGAGGAGACGCAUCAUCUGUGCAGUGGUGGAAGCAACAUCUCCUGGUUGCAGUCGGACAGCGCAGCAAGCAGCAUUUCCAAUUUGUUUCAGAAACUGUUGUUUUGUGAGGCGGCGAUGUGGAUUUACAAGCUAAUUGUUGGACUCUUCAUCAUUUCUUGUUCUGAGGGCAGGAGAAAUGCGCUCCAGGACUACCAGAAGACUGAUGGUAUACGACUGGUUGUCAUGUCUCCUGAUUCCUCCCACCAGACCAAAACCAAGAAGCUGAGCAUGGCCAAGUGUGCCAAAGCCUGCAGCCGCAACAGAAGACUCCCCUUUACCUGCAAAGCAUUCCUUUAUGAUCAUAAAAACAGGAAAUGCCAGUGGCUGUCGUUCGACAGGAACUCACCAGGAGCCCAGGGCCAACAGGACUUCAACUACCAACUCUAUCAAAAGAAAGACUAUGUUAGGGAGUGCAUUGUGGGUACAGGUCAGAGCUACAGGGGGCAGAGGUUGAUGACAGUGAGUGGGAUUCUGUGCCAGGCCUGGGCCUCUCCUAUUCCUCAUGAACACAAAUUCAUGUCUAAGAGGUUCAAGAAGAUGGACCUCAGAGAAAACUACUGUCGCAACCCAGACAACUCCACCGUUGGCCCAUGGUGCUUUACCACUGACCCACGGCCACACCUCAGACACCAGGAGUGUGGCAUACCACAGUGUUCACAGGUUGAAUGUAUGAACUGUAAUGGGGAAGAUUACAGAGGACCCAUGGACCACACAGAAAGUGGAAAGGAAUGCCAGCGCUGGGACCUGGAUGUACCACACAAACACCUGUACCACCCUAAGAGGUACCCUGACAAGGGCCUGGAUGAUAACUAUUGUAGGAACCCAGACGGACGCCACAGACCCUGGUGCUUUACCACGGACCUAAACACACUCUGGGAGUACUGCAGCAUCAAAGUUUGUGCAACACCUCUUAAAAGUAAUGUGGUGGAAACAACCGAGUGUUACCAGGGCAGAGGAGAGGGUUAUAGGGGGACAGUAGACGUGAUGCCCACCGGACUCACCUGCCAACGCUGGGACUCUCAGUAUCCCCAUAACCACACAUUCAUACCUCAAGCCUACCCUUGCAAGGACCUGAGAGAAAACUACUGUCGGAAUCCAGAUGGCCAAGAAUUCCCCUGGUGCUUUACUACAGACCCAAGAGUCCGCACAAUGUUCUGCACCAACAUCCCUCAGUGCGGCACCCAAAAUGAGCACGUCAUUGACUGCUAUGAAGGCUUUGGAGAGAAUUACCAAGGAGAGCAGACAAGGACUAGAUCAAAACUGCCCUGUGCUCCCUGGAGAGACCACAGCAACAGUGGCGAGAGGGGCAUGCUGAUGGCUGGCCUGGAGGGAAACUACUGCAGAAACCCUGAUAAAGACAAACAUGGUCCAUGGUGUCACACCAACAAUUCUGCCAUUUCCUGGGACUACUGCAAUGUAAAACCAUGUGAUGCUUCACUGAACUCCAUUCCACUGGGUGAGCUGUCCUCUGUGGGGUGUUUUGUCCAUAAGAGAACAAGGAUUGUGGGAGGAGGUCCGGUGGGCAUAUCAGAUGGCAGCUGGAUGGUCAGCAUACAGAAAGGGUUGGUGCACUGGUGUGGGGGUUCACUGAUACGAGAGGAGUGGGUACUCACUGACAGACAGUGCUUCUCCUCAUGUGUUCCAGACCUCAGUGAGUAUCGGGUGUGGCUAGGAGUCUCAGAUAUUCGAGAGGGAGCUCCUGACUGGUCCAAGAGACAGGAAGUCAGCAUAGCUCAUGUGAUAUGUGGUCCUGAGGGCUCCAGUUUAGCCCUCAUAAGGCUGUCUAAGCCUGCCCUUCCUGCAGACAAUGUCCAUACAAUUCAGCUACCUGUGGCUGGGUGCUCCAUCCCACAAGGAACAAUAUGUAAAAUGUAUGGAUGGGGAGAGACCAAAGGCACUGGCCAUGAUGAUGUACUAAAGGCGGUCCACCUGCCCAUUGUCAGCAAUGAGAGGUGUAGAGAGAUGCACAGAGGGAAUCUCCAUAUCACCAACACCAAGAUUUGUGCAGGAGGCAAGAGGAAUGAGGGAGUGUGUGAGAGGGAUUAUGGCGGCCCUCUUGUGUGUCAGGAUGGUGAGAUCCGGGUUAUUGUGGGAGUGAGUGUCCAUGGCAGAGGCUGUGCUCGGGCAAACCAGCCUGGCAUCUUCAUCAAUGUGCCCUUCUACACACAGUGGAUCUACAAGGUCUUCAAAUAUUACCCCAACCCUGAAAUCGUCUAGAGACUCAAUAGAGAAUAGAGUGGAACCCGGGGACUAAAUCAAACCUAGAGCCUCUACUUCUGUAAAUCCAGCAGUGCACUCAGGACACCUGGUUUCUAUGUUGUUCAUACCUACAUAGCCCACAGAUAAAUAAUCUGAUAUGAGGAUGCACUCUUAAUAGAUGAAUGGAUGGGUAAACACUGUGAUGUAAUAAUGAAGAGUAAAAACUGAUACUGUUCAUAUCUUAGACAUAGGAAAUGGAAGUAGUAAAAGAAGGGACCCAACACAAGUUGAAUGUUACAGUAACAAAGAAGGAUGUUUUUGAUUGAGUUGGGAGCAGAAAGGGCAAACAAACAUUUGGUUUCAUCCGUUUCCCAUGGUUUUCUUUUAGCAGCAAAUCCACCAGAGCGGUAUGUGUGCAUGUGAAUACUCUUGAUUCCUGGCAUUACUUGAAUGUUUUGAACACCAAAGUGCAGUGGUUCAGCAGCUCCCUCUGUAGAGUACAUCAAUGGGCCACUUACAAGACUAUCCAGUGGUAGGGCAAUGUUAAGGGCACUCAUACCAAGCUCCAUGUAUCUCCAGGGGCAUAGAUAAAGUGGUCCUUACUGUACAUAGUAUUUUAAUGAGUGUAUUUGUGACACUCUAAAGGUGAUUUGGGUCUUAUAGAUCUAUGACAAGAGAAAUGAAUGUCGUGGUAGGCAGAUGUGCAGUGUUAUCUACGGUUCAGCUUUUAGUCAAGUUUCUGUGUCAUAAUGAUGUCAGAUGUAUGGAUACACCCAAAUAAAAUCCAUUUUCAGUAUUUUAAUGUUAUCACAAAGCCACUGACUGUAUAUAUGAAAAUGUUCUUAGCAUUCUGUGUAGAUGAAAGGAAUGUAUGGCAGCUCAGCCUUUAUAGGGUUUGAAAAAAAGAAGAAAAUGUAACAUUCAUGUGUACACACAAGCAUGUGUUAAUUCAUCGUGUGGGUGUGUGUGUGUGUGUGUGUGUGUGUGUGUGUGUGUGUGUGUGUGUGCACGCGCGUGCAUCUGUUUUUGUAAGUUUUUCUGCAGCAGUGUCAGUAUGCAAAAAGAAAACUGCAGAAGGAGAGAGAGAGAGAGAGAAAGAUUGUGUGUGCGUGUGGGCCAGAGCUGAAUGAAUUAUCCUCUCCCCAUACUCAGACCUUGGCAGACCUCCAAUUCCAAUCCACUCUGGAUAUUAGCGUCACAAAGUCUGUCACUUCAAACUUUGUCAUGGAAAAGAAGGGAUGGUCUUUGUAACUGUGUUGUCUGUAAUGGAUGCUUCACUGAGAUGAUUGAAUGGCCCUUGAAACAAAUUAACACAUCUCUUUUAGCAGUGUAAAUGAUUGAGAAGGCUUCAUAUUACAACUACAUUAUGUUUGUAUAAGAGUGAGAGAAUAUGUGUGUGUGUAUAUGUGUGUGCACCGAAAGAUGCUUCAAGCUGCUAUAUUAUACAGGUUGUUCAGUACUGUCUUUGUAUGUUCUUUGUAUAAUGUACAUUCACUAUAAAUUCCAUUUCAUCUUAUCCGAUAUGCUAAAUAUUAAACCCAAUUUCAGCAAUUAUUUGAAAUGUUUUAUGUCUGUCACUAUAUUAAAUGUUUUUUUUAUCUAAAGUUUCA